CCUCCAUGAUUUCCAAGUGGGAGAACUUGCAAUAUAGCAGGGUGUUCAAAUACUUAUUUUCUUCACCAUAUGUAAACUUUUACCUUGACGAAAAAAUAGAAAAUUCUUUAAGAAAUUUAGUCUCUCAUUGUGGAAUUUAAAAAAGUUAAAUAAUUUGAUCUUGACUGGCCUGAAACAGGAGAGCUUUAGUCUUAUUUGACUUCAUUCAGACAUUGAGAUGAAAAAAUUAUGUGUUUUUGCACAGUGUAUGUGUGUUUCCUGAAGUCCACAAUGAUAUCCUUUGUUUUUUGUUUUUUUGUGUGUGUCUGUUCCAUGUCAGAUUAUUGUCUUAGCACCAGGUUUUGAGCUUCUGGACCUCCUUUCUGUAGGCUGACUCAUCUCCCCUUGAGACCAACCCAAGCACUUUUAUGUUGUCAGCAAACUUGAUAAUGAUGUUAUUGUUGUAGACUUGAGGUGCAGUCAAAUGUCUAGAGGCAGUAGAGGAUGGGGCUCAGCACACAGCCCUGUGGUUAGCCGGUGCAGGGUGGAGCCAAAUCUAACAGUGUGCAGUCUGUUGAGGAAGUUUUUGAUCCAGGAGCAUGUGAGAGGAGGGAGGCCCAGGAUGUCAAACUCAGUCAUCGGUGUCUAUUAUGAUUACAUCAAAGGCUGAGCAGAAAUCCACAAAUAGGUUCCUAGUAUAGGUCUGCGAUCGUUUUAAGCGGCUUAAAACAGCAUGCAGAGCUAAGGCGAUUGUGUCCUCUGUCAAUCUAUUCCCCCGGUAUGCAACCUGGUGGGAGUCGAAGUUGUGGGGGAGACGGUCUUUGAUGUGCUUGUGAAAUUGCCUGUCGAAGCACUAAAUUGCAGUUGUGAAGGAAACAGGGGAAGAGUUGUUAAGGCUGGUUAAGGGUUUCUUUUUGGCGAUGGGAAUAAUUGCGAAAGAAUUCAAGCAAGUGGGGAUGACCGCCUGGACCAGUGAGAGGUUGAAGAUCUUGCACUAGAUUAAGGACAGCUGGUGGGCACACAUACUGAGUCCAGGCAAGAAGCCUUCCUGGGAUUAAUAGCCAGGAGCACACGCCUCAUAUCGUGUUCCUGUACAGUAAGUGGAGAAUUACUGGACCCUAGUAGGGUUUGCUCUGGAGCAACUGAGUAUCCCUAGGGUGAUUCAAAGCGAGCAAAGAAGCGAAGGCACACCAAAAAAAAAAAUCCAAAGCUUUCUGACACUCUGUGAAACGGUAAUUGCCAGCGCCCCUGUUAAAUCACAGAGUCACUGUGACUAACCACAAAUUUGGGAAAGCUGAGUUCAAUUUCACAAGCCACACCCAAACCUGAUAACCACCAUACUUGUUGAAUAAAGAAAUCAAGUAGAAUCUGUCAGAGAACGUCAAGUAGGCUACAAGAUCUCACGAACCAAUGAAUCAUUCCACGAUCCAAAGUAAUUCAAUAAAAAAUUGGAAAAAAAAAGUGAAAUCCAUCAGUCUGGAAAAGGUUACAAAGCCGUUUUCCAAGGCUUUUUGGCUCCAUGGACCCCCUGUCAGAGCCAUUAUCCACAAAUGGAGAAAACUGGGAACAAGUGUGACGACGACUCAUCCAGGAGGGCACAAAAGAACCUCGAACAACAUGUAAAAGCCGCCAGGCCUCGCUGGCCUCUGUCAAGGUCAAUGUUCAUGGCUGUAUCAUAAGAAAGAUGCUGGCCAAAAAUGUAAUCCACCGUAUUCCCAGUUGAAAACCCCUGCAAUGAACAAAGAUGAAAAAAAAAGUCUUGUCUCACAUUUGCCAAAAACAUCUUUAUGAUCCUCAAGACUUUUGGAGAAACAUUCUGUGGACUGACGAGUCAAAAACUGAAAGUUUUGGAAGGUAUGCGGCCCGUUACAUCUGGCGUUAAAAUAGCACAGCAUUUUAUAAAAACAACUUUAUGCCAACGGUGAAGCAUGGUGGUGGCAAGGUGAUGGUCUGGGGCUGCUUUGCUACCUCAACAACAUGACAACAUGCUCUGAUUGAUGGAACAAUUAAUUCUGCCAUGUACCGGAAAAUCCUGAAAGAGAACAUCCAGCUAUAAGUACGUGCAGUCAAAUUGAAGCGCUCUUGGAUGAUGCAGCAGGACAACAAUCUGAAAAAUACCAGCAAGUCCGCCUCUGAAUGGCUCAAAAAAAAAAAAAGAAAAAACAAAAAAUCAGGUUUUGGAGUGACCAAGUCAAAGUCUGGAUUUAAAUCCAAUUGAGAUGCUGUGAUGUGACCUAAAAGGGUAGUUCAUGCAAGAAAACCAAACAGUAUGGAUGAAUGGAAACCAUUUUGCAAAAAGAGGAGUGGGAUGAAAUUCCUCCAGAGCGAUAUGAAAGACUCACCGGCAAUUAUCGCAAAUGCUUCAUUUCAGCUAUUGCUGCCAAAAGUGGCACAACCCGUUUUUAGGUUCAGGGGACAAUUACAUUUUCACAGAGGGUCAGAAAGCUUUGGAUUUAUUUAUUCUUUUCUGACUUUUGAAAACUGCAUUUUUUUUAUUUCCUUUGGUUGUCUCUCAGUGAUAUUAGAAUUGGUUUGAUCAUUUGAAACCUUUGUGUGAUAGAGCUGCAAAAAAAAAACAAAUCAUGAAGGGAGCAAAUACUUUUUCAUGGCACUGUACAAAGACAAAAAGUGGGAGCCAUCAUUAUGACUCUGUCUGACUAAGUUAAAGAGAGGCACAGUGGAUGCGACAAAUGAACCGGGGAACCUCCGUUGUUCCCAUCAUAACUUGUGCAAUCUCUGACCUCGGACAACACCACACACCAACACAAAGGCGCGUAUCUGGACAGUUUUAAAACCGAAUGGGAAGUGGAAGCCCAUCAUUGACUACCCAAAAUUGAAUACUCAAAUUCCUUGUCUCGCUGAGUUUUGGCCCAGUUUGAACAAGAAUUUCCAAAACUAUGCAAUGUUAAUUUUUUCCCCACUAUCAAUGUCGACUGGACCAUUCCAGUUAAACCUGCCUACCAGCAUAAAUUGGCUUUCACUUUUGAUAAACAAUACACAUUUUCCUCAACAAGACCAAUUGUGAUCCUUCAGCCAGGGGCAACCUCAUCUACGUUGAUGACAUCAUAAUGAAAAGCGCCUUGCGGGAUGCCCACCUGGCAGAAACUUACCAUGUCCCAUCCCAAUUUACUGCCACCAGAGCCAAGAGUUCCCUCCUGAAAAGGAGAAUGGAACAGCAAAAAAAAAACAAAAAAAAAAAAACCAUUAUAUUGGUCACCAGGUUGACCCAAAUGAGAUUGAACCCCAAUCCAGCCACAUUCAGGGACUCCGAAACAUAAGCUCUCCCACUAAUAUUUCACAAACCGAGCAGUUUUCUGGGUGUAAUUAUUCUCAGCAGUUCAUUGAACACUACUCUGAUAUUGCACACCCCCUAACCAAACUCCUGAAAAAGGAAACUCCUUUUGUUUGGGGUGACGAGCAAGAAGCCGCAAUGAAGUCAGUGUAUGACAACGCAAAGCUAGAAAUCGAUUUCAUUAUCAAAUUUAUUUUUUAUUCUGAAUGGUUUCAAACCGCCUGCAAUUGGCCGGUUUAGGGUGUAUCCCACCUCCUGUCCAAAAGUAGCUGGGAGAGGCUCCAACACUACCACAACCCUUGUGAGGAUGAGUGGCUCAGAACAUGAAUGGAUGGUUUGAAAUCACAAAAUAUUCCUAGAAUGGAAAACCAAUAUGAAGAGGCCCUUUGUGGUUCUGAUGGCCACUCCCUCUCUUCCCUAUGCAUAAAAGGCCAAAGCCCCUUUGCUCAAGGCUCACUCGCUUGCUCUUGUUUCUCAACGCUGUACAGCCACUGACGUCCAGCCAGGGAUCCCCGCCUCUCGUAGAGAUGCACCAGACCUCCCGACACAGGGGAACUCUGCUCACACCCCAAAAGUACACUUGUGUGUGUGGGGGGCAUCUUAUGGACAAAGAUACAUCAGGAAGGAAACGUACGCAAGUUUGCUCCGAGUGGCGUGACGACCAGCGCCAAUCAAGGGCUUUGGUCAUCCUGCACUUGAAGUUUUUCUUUUGUUUUUUCGAAUGUCCUAUGUACACACGUUUUGGUGCUCUACCCAAGCAUUUGGGAGAUCAGCCAGCCUGCCUAAAUAAUCUCCAUGGAGGAGAUGAGAAGAGAAAUGGAGUCGGGGUUUAUAUUAAAGGAAGAGUUGGCUAAGAAUGUCUUGGAGGUGAAAAGAGUAUGAAAUCAAUUGAUGAGGCUGAAACUUGAAAUUGAGGGUGUUAUGGAUAAUGUUAUUAGCGGCUAUGCCCCACAGGUAGGAUGUGACCUAGUGUUGAAAGAGAAAUUCUGGAAAGAACUAGAUGAAGUACUUCUGAGCAUCCUAGACACAGAGAGACUUGUGAUUGGUGUUGAUUGUAAUGGACAUGGUGAUGGAAACAUGGGCGAUGAAGAAGUGAAGGGUAAGAAUGGCAUCCAUCCGAAGGAACUCUGAGGGACAGAUGGUGGUGGACUUUGCAAAAAGGAUGGAAACGACAGUAGUGAACAACUUUUUCCAGAAGAGUCAGGAACAUAGGGUGACCUACGAGAGCGCAGAUAGAAGCACGCUGGUGGACUACAUUUUGUGCAGACGAUGUCAUCUGAAGGAGGUUAUCAACUGUAAGGUAGUGGUAGGGGAGAUUGUUGCUCGACAGCAUAGGAUAUGGUGUGUAGGAUGACUCUGGUGGUGUGGAGGAAUAUUAAAAAGACAAAGGUUGAGCAGAGAACCACGUGGUGGAAGCUGAGAAAGGAAGAAUGCUGUGUGGCCUUUCGGAAAGAGGUGAGGCAGGCUCUUGAUAUAGUUAAGGAGCUCCCGGAAGACUGGACUACUACAGCCAAUGUGAUCAGAGAGACAGUCAGGAGAGUACUUGGUGUGUCUUCUAGUAGGAAAGGGGUGAAGAAGACUUGGUGGUGGAAACCCAAAACACAGGAAGUCAUCCAAGGAAAGAGGUUAGCAAAGAAAAAGUGUGGCACUGAAAGGACUAAGGAGAGGCGAAAGGAAUACAGUGGUGCCUCGACUUACAAAUUUAAUGUGUUCCAGAAGUCGUUUCGUAACGUGAAACUUUUGUAAGUAGAAGUGCAUUUUACAUGUAAAUAGUCUAAUCCGUUCCAACACCGCUGACCCCCCCGCCCCCCGCCGACAAAAAUAAGCAUUCAAAGUGUACAUAUUGUAAAGAAUAAUACAAAAUUAAGUUACAUUUCUUUACAAAUAAGCAUUCAAAGUGUACAUUAUGUAAAGAAUAGCAAAAACUGUGUGGCAAUCAAAAAGGCAUUGAAGCGUCUUCAGAGGUGGAGGCUCGCACACAACUUAAUUCCACCAAAAUUAGUUAAUUUCACUAUAAAUUCAAAACAAAUAUAAACAUUAACUUUCAAUGUUUCCUGAAGUACCAAUCCAAGGAUGAUUGCCUUUGACAGCUUUUAACAAUCUUGCGGAAAUGUGCAAGCCAAACGUCAUUGAAGUGAGCUAAUUCCCGAUGGGUUAACAACACACUUUACUUUUACUUUUCGAUGAGACUACGGUAUCGCUCGCUCUCUCUCACUCUCUGUAGUUCAAAUUCAUUUCUUGCUUCAAUUGUGCGUGAAUUCCUUCACUUCGAUGUGAUUUAGAUGAUCAGUUCACAAACAAUAAAAGUUCAUAAAUGGAGAGGGUGUGUGCAUUAAUGUGUGUUACUGCUUUUGUCACAUGAACACCUGCUUUGGUGAUUAGGUGUUUUAAAAAAAAAAAAGUUUGUGGUUUCAAUUUCCUAACCAAUCCAAAAAAUUCCCACCGACCCGAUCAUUUUUACACUACGUGAUAAAUAUGUCAGGGGCGUGGUUAUCCACGCCCUGUGCACAGCGAGGUACCGCAGCUGCGGAAGCACAGAGUUCAGUUGAGUGUUUGACAGCAGCUAUGCGUUUCACUUCCUCGUUCGCGCUGCUGCACCUCUUUGCGCCCUGAUUACAUUAUGUAUUUAAAAGGCCACUGUCAUGAAAUGCAUGAUUUUUAGUAUGCUCUUAAUGAAAAAAAUGGCGGCCAAGAUGUACCCAUGUGUUUUUUCACCACAAAACAUGAUUUUGAUGUAUACAGCUUUUUGUAACUCCCGCCAUAAAAUCCUCUCGUGGGAUUUGUUUUCAAGAAGAAGCAGGAAGUGACGUACAUGGCAGGACCGCCCUCAAGUGGACUCGUUUGUUUCUAUUAGUUUUACCUCCGGGAAGGUAGCUCGUUGUUCCUUCAUGUUAGCCAAAAUGCCGGCUCGUUGCAUUGCUAGACAUUGCUUCAACACUCGGGAGGAUGGAUUUAGCAUUUAUAAAUUUGCAAGAGACCCAGUUCGUCGUGAAAAAGGAUUGCACGGGUGCAAUGGAUGAGAGCUUCAUGGGUUCCAGAUGACAGAUAGGUGUGUAUUCAGCUACUAAAAAAAAAUAAUAGGUUGGAGCAGACCACGUAAUCGGUCUCUCAUAACGUAACAAAAGAUCCGCGUAUGUAUGACAGGCAUGCUAAAUGUGUCGAUGUGCACGUCGGACGGCGUCGGGCUCACCUGGCGAAGGCUGCUGUGUCGCCUCACCAGCAAAGGCUGCGCGUCGGGAUUGCGGACGGCUUCGGCACUGGACAACGCUGCCGACAAUGCCGCACUCAGCCGCGUGCGACAACGCCGUAAAGCAGCCCGGCUCGGCUCCAUGACAUCCUGUGUGGUGAUUCAAGUGUGACGGGCUUCCUGUUCAGUAACUCAGUGACGCAGCAAACGUCUUGCAGGCCGUGUGCUUCUCCGUUGAAAAACCAUUGGGUGUGAGGGGCAGCUGCAUCCUGUUGAUGUCUUCAUGUCAAAAACAAGAUGUGAAUACAAAGAUAUGACAAUAAUUGGGUUCUUAAGGUUUAAAUGUGGAAAUUGCCAUCCAAUGCCUUCCCAGUGAGAACGCCAGUGCUGUAAGGAAAUUACAGAAACUGCCUGGAAGUUGGAUGGAACCGCCUUGGCUUGCAUUGUUAACCACGAAGGCUUUCACCCAGUUUGCCUCAACCCAUCUGUAUUGGAGACAUCUAGUCUUUCAAUACCAUUAUGGCAGAAACGCCUUCACAGGAGAAGGACAUUAAAGAAAUAGCCAUGUGGCGUACAGACAGUUGGUGAGGUUGUGUUGGGGGGCUCUUGGGAAGAGCAAGAGGGUUGUUAUGCCAUCAUGUGCAGUGCAGAGAAUCAGAGCAGAAUUUCCACCCCCAGGACUUGAAGAUCAUGCCGUGUUCACAGGAUUUAUGCCCAUCUGAUGAACAUUACGCUUUUCUUUGCAUGAAAGUAAAGCAUGGGUGUUGAUCCUGGACUAAUAAUUGACCCCUCCAUAGAAAUUGUGUCAUCCGCGUCGCUGACCAAUCAGAGGCCAGAGAUCUGCAUGAACCACGCCCCUUUUUUGGACCCGCAGUUCCCUCAGACAACGUUGCAUGGUCCAGUAUAGCUUUUGUGAGCUUUUUAUCGCGUAUUUGGGUUCUUUAACAAUAGAUAUGGUUAAGAGGUGUAGUCACGGACUUUAUAAUAGUGACGACAGGUAUCCUGAAAGGCUACUUGGUGGAGUUCAAUUCGUACCCUUUCCAAAACGGAAGACCCAGUACGAAAAAUGUCUUCGACGGAUCAAACUUUGUGGAAGACCGCAUCAUCAACUGAAUCCAUCUAAAAUCAACCAGAAUAGAAGACCGAGUACGAAAAAUGUAUUCGAUGGAUCAAACUUUGUGGAAGACCGCAUGAUCAACUGAAUCCAUCAACCGGAACAGAUAUGUUUGCACGAAGGUAAAGGAGGAGGAACCAUGCUGGUCUCCGUCACCCCCCUGUUGUCCCUCCUCCUCCUUCUCCUCCUCUUCCCACCAACACCCCUUCUAGCCCAGGACUCGUCUGUGCAGUGGGUGACCCUUCGUGGAGCCCCCCUUUCACACCUGUUGCUGGAUAUGGAGGCGAGGCUUCUGUAUGUGGGCGGAGUGGACCACCUUCACCAGCUGAGCUUGGACCUGGAGCUGAUUUCCCACGUGAAGACCGGCCCUCAUCUCGACUCCCCCAACUGCCUACCCCCAAUUGCCCUCAAAGAUUGCCCAUCCGCCCGACCAACCCACAACUACAACAAGCUGCUGUUGUUGGAGCAGGCUCAGGGGAAGGAGGCAGGCAGUGUGAUUUCUUGCGGAUCGUUGUAUCAGGGCACCUGUGAAAAGAGGAGUUUGUCCAACAUUUCGCAGCUGUUGUACCAAUCCACGAACCCAGUAGACACACAAUUCGUUGCUGCCAACGACCCCCAUGUCUCCACAGUGGGCAUCGUCCUCACUGCUGGGAGUGGAGUCAGUGGAGAGAUUCUGCGCUUCAUGCUGGUGGGGCGUGGUUUCACGGGUAUGGGUCUUGGUGACAUCCCGCCCAUCACGGCACGUCGCCUCUACCCAACAGUCUAUCCUCAACGAGCCUUCACUCAGGAGGAUGAGCUGGGCAAGCUGAUCAUUGGGAGCUACUCAGAGUACGACAUCCAUUUUGUCAAGGUGGUUGCUUUUAACAAUCAUGUUUACUUCCUGUUCUCGAGGCGAGACGUGCGCUCCAAGAUGGAGUACCGCACGUAUGCUUCCCGCCUCUGCGUUUCCGACCGCAACUUCUACUCGUAUGUGGAGGUGCCUCUGCUCUGCCAUGGUGGCUACAACCUAGUCAGGGGAGCGUGGCUAGGGCUCCACUCAGGAAAAUCCACAAUGUUCCUCGUCAUGGUGGCAGGAUGGACUUCCACAUCCGUGGCCACAGACAACUCUGCGUUGUGCAUCUUUGGGAUGAUGGAGCUGGAUGCCAUGAUGGAGCGAGUGCGGGAGUCUUGCUACACAAAAGGAGGGCGUAGUGUCAAAGGGCAGGAGGAGGCCUACGUGGUUUACACGCUCUCAUCAAACUGCCUCACUCUCCCCCAGGUCUCCGUCUCAGAGUAUCCAUGCGGGUGGGAGCAUACGCCGAGCCCCAUCGGCAGUGUUGAGCCUCUGCUUGCCAUGCCCACUUUCACUGCCACUACCCAGCUGACGGCUGUCGCCACGGCAACAGAGGCUGGCCAUACUGUGGCGUUCGUGGGCAACCGCGAGGGACGACUGCACAAGGUGCUGGUUCGGUCCAACGGAUCUGGUGAAGUUUACGGGAACGUGCUAGUAGACAGCGGAAGUGCGGUCAACGCUGACCUCCUACUUGACACCAAACAACAGAAGCUUUUCAUUCUGACAAAUAGCAGGGUGUCUAAAGUUGCCAUGUCGUCAUGUGAGUGGAAUAUCGACUGUCAGUCCUGUCUGGCUACAAGGGAUCUGUAUUGUGGCUGGUGUGUCCUGGAGGGAAAAUGCUGUCGCAAACAUGAGUGCCAGCGCCACCUUCAUGCGAAUCAUUGGAUCUGGAGCUUUGACUCGUCCAAUAAGUGCCUGUCAGUACAGAGUGUGCAGCCAGCCAAUCAGAGCAAAGAUCAGCAGACAGAGGUAACGCUGUCGCUGUCCCAGCUUCCAGUCCUGACUGUGGCUGACUCCCUUUCCUGCGUCUUUCAUCAUAUACCUCCUCAGCCAGCUUUCAUCAAUGGAACCAGUAUCACCUGUCAAUCACCUAAGCCAGCGUUACUCCCACUUCUGCCCACGGAAAGCGAUCACAUAAUUCUGCCUCUAUCGCUGACAUUUGGUGAUGUAACCAUUAGCACGGCUACCAUAACCUUCUAUGACUGUGGAGCUGUCAGCCGACUCAACCAGACUUCCCAGUGUCUGGCGUGUGUCGUCAGUGUGUGGAAGUGUAGCUGGUGUCCUCUGGACCAGCAAUGUACACACCGCAAACGGUGUCCUAAUGAACACACAACCCUCAGCCAGAAGGACUCUACUGGUCCAACUCAGUGUCCUCAGGUGUUCGGUCUUCAUAGUUCUUCCUUAAUUCCGGUGGGCCUGACAAGUACUGUUGUUCUGAUGGCUCACAACAUGGACAUCUUCAAGGAUGAAGCUCCUUAUGUGUGUGUGGUGGAGAUCGAGGGAGUCGAAGUCAACCUGGCAGCUAUUGCCCAUAAAGCUCCUGACCACACCUACUCUUUCACCUGCAGUCCCCACCAGUUUCAGUAUGCCAUGAGUCGGCUUGUUUAUUCUGCACUGGUCUUUCUGAAGAGAGGAUCGAGGCGCAUCGAUGCUUUACCUGGUCUUCAACUCCAUUUAUACAACUGCUCAGCGGGGCAAUCAGAUUGCUCGCAGUGCCGUGCUGUGCCGAAGGAGUACGGCUGUGUGUGGUGCACAGAAAGCACUGCUUCCAGCUGCGUUUAUAACCAGUCCUGCGCUGAUGUUCCCGCAGAUAGUUGCCCACCUCCUCAGAUAACACAGGUGUGGCCCCUGUCUAGCCCUUUGGAGGGCGGAGUCUUGGUGACCAUCACUGGCUCCAACCUGGGAAUGAGCUUCCAGGAUGUGGUGAGUGGAGUCACAGUUGCAGGUGUGCAGUGCCCUCCCCAACCUGAAGAAUACAAAAUAUCCACCAGGGUUGUGUGUAAACUGGAAGCCAGUGAGAAUAAGCGGACUGGGCCUGUCAUUGUUACUGUCGGAAUAAGCCCACCAGGCAGGUCCAAGAGCAAUUUCAGCUAUCAGGACCCACAGAUUAUGGAUGUGCUUCCCGAUAAAGGCCCACGUUCUGGAGGGAGCAGGUUGACAAUAAAAGGACGACAACUCCUAACGGGCCAGACAUCCCAGAUCAGCGUCUUCCUGGGAACAAAGCCCUGCUACAUAAUGGAGCCAGUCAGCGAGAACCUGCUGGUGUGUCAGACUCUCUCCACCAAUCAGACAGGCAAAGUUCCAAUCAGGAUGUUGUUCAGCAAGGCUGAGCGUACUGUUCCAAACGUGAUGUUCCAUUAUGUGGACGACCCAGUCAUCACUGAAGCUAUGCCCACAGAGAGUUACUACGCAGGAGGGCGUGCCAUUGUGAUGAGUGGGAGAAAUUUAGAUGUGGUACAACACCCAGUCAUGUCCGUGUGGGUGGAACCUGUAGCCGUCCAAAGUGUGAAACGGAGAAGACGAUUGGCUCUUCUCACCGCCAAGCAGCUGGUGGUUUUCAAUGGAACAAUAGCAACGGUGUCAGAGCACUGCACUGUCCUGUCUUCCUUUCAAAUGACCUGCCCAACCCCUUCACUCCCCCCAGAUGUCAAAGUGAAGGAUGUUUGGUUUCAGAUGGACAAUGUUCGUGUCCAUUACAAAAGCAUCAAGUUCUCUGGUUCUGGUUUCUUCAUGCCGAUGUUGGAAUCAGUGGAUUUUGAUCAUGGCAAGAGUUUCAAAUAUUAUCCCAACCCGCGCCUCUUUCCGCUAAAUCGGGAGGAUCCCGAUGCUCCAUACCGCUUCAAAGCCGGUGGUGUGAUUGCCGUGGAGGGUGAGGACCUAACGCAAGCGAUGUCCAGACAGGAAGUGACAGCUCGCCUUGGAGACCAGGAGUGUGAGGUGAAGACACUGGACAGCACUCACCUGUAUUGCGAGCCUCCUGAGGUCCAACCCAUGAGUGUGGAUGCCAGCAGCAUGCUUCCCCGCUUCCAGGUGCAGAUGGGUAAUCUGCAGGUGGACUUGGGAAUGGUGCAGUACGACACUGACUCUUUACUGCCUCCCAUCCCAUUAGCUGCCCAGAUUGGUUUGGGGGCAGGAGUUGCCUUCAUCAUCCUAUCAGUCCUCAUCAUCAUCCUCAUGUACAGGAGGAAGAGCAAGCAGGCCCUCAGAGACUACAAGAAGGUUUUGUUGCAGUUGGAAACCUUGGAGAUCAACGUGGGCGAUCAAUGUCGGAAAGAGUUUACUGACCUGAUGACAGAAAUGAUGGACUUGAGCAGUGACGUGGGAGGACCAGGACUCCCUCUGCUAGACUAUCGCACUUACGCAGAGAGAGUUUUCUUCCCCGGCCAACAGGCGGGACCACUGAGCCGCCACUUGGACUUGCCGGAGUCCAGCAGACACACGGUGGAACACGGGCUCCAGCAGCUCAACAACCUGCUCAAUAACAGACUCUUCCUUGUGAGGUUCAUUCACACUCUGGAGGAGCAGCAAGGCUUCUCCCAGCGGGAUCGUGGCUACAUGGCCAGUCUCCUCACUAUGGUUCUGCAUGAUAAACUGGAGUAUUUCACUGAGGUCAUGAAGUGUCUUCUGCAGGAUCUGGUUCAGCAGUAUGUCGCCAAGAACCCCAAACUCAUGUUGCGAAGGACAGAGACUGUUGUUGAGAAGAUGUUGACCAAUUGGAUGUCCAUCUGUCUCUACUCCUUCCUGAAGGAUGUGGUAGGUGAGCCGCUUUACAUGCUCUACAGAGCCAUAAAAUAUCAGGUGGACAAAGGCCCAGUGGAUGCCAUGACGGGAAAAGCCAAGAGAACUCUCAACGACAGCCACCUGCUGAGAGAGGACAUUGAUUAUUGCACUGUGACGCUGAAUGUGCUGCUGAAGAAUGAAGCUGAAGUUCAACCUUGUCCUGUCAAAGUACUUGACACUGACACCAUCACACAGGUGAAGGAUAAGAUCCUGGAUCAGGUUUUUAGAGGAGUUCCAUUCUCUCAAAGACCAGCAGCAGGCAGUCUGGAUCUGGAGUGGCGUUCAGGUCAGGCGGGACACCUGACAUUGUCAGAUGAUGAUGUCACAGCUGUGGUUCAAGGUCACUGGAAACAGCUCAACACACUACAGCAUUACAAGCUUCCAGAUGGAGCCACGGUCGCUCUUGUCCCACGUUCCCAAAGUUCGAGUGGUACUCGAUUCAAUCAGGUGUUCCAGACUGGGGAGAGAACACCUAUGCUGGAAGGCGAAGAAGAAGAGGGACUUCGAUUGUGGCAUCUGGUGAAAAGCAGUGAAGAUCCAGAGAUUCCCAAACACAGGAAGAGCAGCAUGAGGGAGUGCGAGAGAGCCAAGGCCAUACCUGAGAUUUACUUGACUAGACUACUGUCCAUGAAGGGGACUCUGCAGAAGUUUGUGGAUGACGUCUUUGUUGCCAUCCUGAGUACGAAGCGUCCUCCUCCCAUUGCUAUUAGGUUUUUUUUUGACUUUUUGGAUGACAUGGCCGAGAAAUAUGACAUUGAAGACCCAGAGACUGUCCACAUAUGGAAAACCAACAGUCUCCCCCUGAGGUUCUGGGUGAAUAUUCUGAAGAACCCUCAGUUUGUGUUGGAUGUCCAGGUGACUGACAGCAUCGAUGCCAUCCUAUCCGUGAUUGCUCAGACCUUUAUCGACUCGUGUACCACAUCAGAGCACAAAGUGGGGCGAAAUUCUCCAGUCAACAAGUUGCUCUAUGCCCGGGAAAUACCCCGAUACAAACAGCUGGUGGAGAGGUAUUACAGUGACAUCCACAGUGCUGCUUCAGGCUGUUACCAGGAGAUGAACUCUACUUUGACUGAACUGUCUGGGCGCUUUGCUUCUGAGAUGAACAGUCAUGUUGCACUUCAUGAACUGUACAAAUACAUCAACAAAUAUUAUGACCAGGUCAUAUUGUCUCUGGAGGAGGACAACUGUGGUCAGAAAAUGCAGUUGGCCUAUCGAUUGCAGCAGGUUGCCGCGCUAGUGGAGAACAAAGUCACUGAUCUUUGAUGACAUGUGAUGACCCCUGAUGGAUGCUCUGCCUAGCCCCACCAGGCUACAGGAAAUGUAAAGUCAAGAGGCAAUAGACUUCCUGUUGAAAGACUCAAACACUGAAAAGACAGUGUGAGUAAGUGUAAUUCAGACUCCAGAGACACUUGUGAUUGACGAAUGUCGUGGCUGAGAUAAUCCAGUUUGCACUAAAUUUCCCUGAGUUCCUUGCAACUGGUUAGGUGAAAGCAAAAGAGACUGCAUGUGUUGAACUGAGCCAUAUGCUGAAUUCGAUCAAUCAGUAAUUAGGACUUUUCAAAAUGAAUUACAUCUUCAUCAAUCACGUCCAUUAAUAGUAUUUCACUUUGUAACAAAAAAAUGACUGCCAGUCCCGUCCGGAUGGAGUAAAGCAGUGCUGUUCUCGUCAUUAAAAAAAAAAAGGCUUCACAGUGGUAACUUUACUUAUGAAAUUAAAUUUUUCCGGAAGUCGUUUGAUUUUGUGAAUUUUUCGUGAGUAGAAGCGCACUAUACAUGUCAAUAGCCUGUCAGUUCAAAACCCGCAACCCCCCUGCCAAAAAUAAGCAUUCAAAGUACAUAAUGUAAAGAAUAAUAAGAAAUGAUGUUCAUUUACCUUUAGCAUUUGGGGACCAUGCAAAAUAAAGGGUGAGUGACAAGCAAAAGGCAUCGUGGGGGACAGAGGAGGAGGCAAACAUUUGACAGCUGAGAGAAAACAUACCUACAAAUGUAUGGAUGCACACCACUUAAUUCUACUAAAGUUUCUUGGGGCACGUGGUAAAUAAAGACGAAUAAACUUGCAAAAAACAAAUGAAAAACUCACGAAAAAGUUGUACUUUACCAAUGUGUGCUAGUAUGUGACAGCACUAGAAUGAUUCAGUGACUGUCGAGUGACCAAGGGAAACGAGAAGCAUCAUGGGAAAAUAUUAACGUCCCUCCUAGCCAAUGGGAUGCCAGGAAGAUUCUACAGCGAUAGCCAAUGGGAGAGCAGCUCUAUCGCGCCACACAAACCAAGUUACUGUAAUCUGAUCAUAGUUUUAGAUUGAUGUCCCUCCUAGCCAAUGGGAUGCCAAGAAGAUACUACAGCGAUAGCCAAUGGAAGCGCAGCUCUAUCACACCACACAAACCCAAGAUACAGGACGUUUUUGGGGCAGCGAAUCCAGCGCUUUUUUUUUCUCUUUUGUAUCCGGAAUUUUCCUCCGUAACUUGAGACAACUAACGUAACUUGAGGUAUUUCGUAACCUGAAUUUUUCGUUACUAUAGAUGUUCGUAAAUAGAGGUAUCAUGAUACUUAUGAUUGACAUGUGGAACAAAUGAGGAGGUGCUGCAUGUGCACAAGUCCACCUCCAGCUCAGACUACAACGAAACUAAAUCUUGCUGAAGUCUGACUUGUUGUCUGUUCACCAUUUACUAAUCUAAUUGUGUGGACAUACUGUAAACCAUUUCUAAGCCCUAUUUAUCCCAGCUGUGCCUUCACUCUUGCAGCUAUGUGUUUUUUUGACAGCAGCAAUGUUGAAACAAAAACAAGUUCUCACAAUGCACAGUUUUUGUGUCAUGCGACUGAGCAAAUUCAUUUGUAUGCUAGCAGCCAACAGUAAAUGUGUCAUACGACUAAAAUAUCUCAAAUUCCUUAAAGUGCCACUGACACCUAAAACAUUAAAUUUAGUAUGUUGUUAACCAUAAAAAAUCUGCCAGAAUGAACUCAUCCGUUUGUUCACAGCACGUCAGAAUGUAGCCGUAUAUCGAUUUUUUUUUAUCUCCCGCUAUGAAAAUUCUGACUGUUUUGAGUGGAACAAAAAGCUGGAAGUGGUUAGAAUUUUGCAGGCACCUACAGCAUUGGAGUCAAGUGUCUUUACCUCUUGUACUGGCGAGAAAUUACCAUUUUUUUUCUCCGUGUUCGCUAAAAUGCCAGCUCGUUGUGUUGCUGGAUUUUGCCCAAAUACUUGAGAGGAUGGAUUGACUCUUCACACAUUUCCAAAAGACCAGAUUCGUCAUAAAAAGUGGAUUGCACAGGUGGAAAGGACAAGAGCUUUCUGUGUUCCAAAUGACAGGUAGGUGUGUAUAGAGUUAUUUAACAAAAUAAGAGUUGGGGGGGACUAAUUUGUCUCACAGUUUAUAGCAUAUGUUACGUGUGAAUUUAGAAUAAAUCCCCUUGGUCAAACCAGAAAAAUAAAACAAAGCACUUGUAUUGCAUUAAAGACAAUUUCAUCACACACAAUACAAUACAACACGAAACAAUAACAAAACAGAAGUACAAAGACAAGUUAAUUAGCCAAACGACGUCUCGUCACCAAACUCGAACGAGUGCUAUUUCCAGCGAAUGUUCCGGGAAGGCAGCGUGGUGUCCGUGUACUUGUGUACUUGUCCGAAAGCAGCAGUAUUAAUAAAAAGCUCAUUUGACAGCCAUCCUCAUCCUUAUAGGAACAUUCUAGAUCUGCGUUUGAUGACGUAAUCCUUCUCUCAGAACAUAACAAAACAUCCGGGUCAUAAUAAAUUUAUAAAGUACAUACUGUAAGUCAGGGGUGCUAUUGGCGGCGGCCGGUGUUAGGUGUGGCGCGGGCCGCCGUGUAACCCGACGCAUAGGUGGGUCAGGUGGGGAGACCUGCGGCCGCGUGCAGGGAGGAGAAAAGAGCCCCACUGUGACAUCCGCAAAUGACGUCACUGACAAAUGGCCAUCACUGGGAUGUCGAGUCAAACUUUUGCUACUUUGCACUUUAAUAAAACGCUCCCAGCUCACUUUUUCUGACUUGUAUUAUCAUCAAAGUGAUUAAUAUUAUAUGUAGUUUUGUUAACAAUACCUAAUUCCUAACAAUAUUUUAAAAUGUAUAUUUUGGUGUCAAUGGCACUUUACAUUACCAUAUUAGUAUCUUUUGUCUUUUAUUAUAUCACAGUUUUAGCUGGGUGAUGCUACAAGCAUAUACGAUCCUAAGCUAGCUAUUUGAACAACUUUGUUAAUAAACAUCCAUCCAUUUUCUGUACCGCUUAUCCUCAAGGGUUGUUAGGAAACCUAUCGCGCCUAUCUUGCAUGGAAUUUUCUUAUGUUUCUCUUCUACUAACUAGCAGCCGUAGUGACUGAAGUGAAAUAUCCAGAAAUAGAAAAACAAUAAAUAAUAUUAAUAAGAGUGAUGAUGGCUAAGAUGAGCACACAGCUGUUUUUAAUGGGGAUCAAAAUGAGUGUCAUGUAACCAUACCAGUGUUUUUACUCUGGGUUUUAAUGUACAAAUUACUCUUGUCAUUAGUAAUGUUUUUAUGAAAACAUAAAUCUUCAGUCAACAUUAUGAUCAUGGUGAUGAUAUAUGUUCAUGUUUGUGUGUGAUUUUGGUUGUUUUCAGCUUGUCUUGUAUUUUUAACACAAUUGAUUUUGCAUGAGUGUGAUGGUAUUUUGAGUGAAAAAGACAACUAUGAAUACAAUUACAAUUCAUUUAAUGAGAGUAAGUUGCUGAUCAUUGAACAAUUUUUUAUCCGAUGAUUCCCUGCUCCAUUUGUCCAAGGUCUGUGUUCUGAUCUUUUUCAAUAAUGGUUAAAAAAAAUGCAGGAUUAUUCAUUUCAAGUACAACUUUUUUACUGACCAUGUGAUGGCAAUAUCCAGUGUGGCAUUCUUUGUAUGAUCACAAAAACAUUAAAAGUCUCAUUUUUAA